AUGAACGUGAGCAUGACGCACCUCAAUGGUAGCCAUACCGUGCGCAUCCUCCGCAACGUCGAGGCGAGUGCCGACCCGCUCUUGAUGGAAGAGCUCUGCGCGCGCAUCAACGCAGAGCCCAACAACUUCGACCACGACGUGCAGCUCGGCCUUGGCAAGGACCCGCGCGGGUACGGCGUGCUUCUCGCCGACGUCCGCGUGCCGAUCUAUGUGGUCCACGCUGCGCUGGACACGCUCGUACCUCUCCAAGCUGCGCAGGAGCUUGUCGCGAGCGUUCCAAUCGGCAUGCUCAAGGUCGUCCCCGGCGCGACCCACUCGUUGCUUCCGUUUGACGACGACACAAUGGACCAUGUCUUCGGCCGCGUGGGCGCCAAGACGACCUUUAGCUCUUUGUAA